AUGAAUGCACUUAUCCAAGCUAGUGGUAAAGAAGUUGCUAAAAGAGAUGUUGAAUAUAACGUGUCAGUUCUCCAGCUUCUUCGACAGCUCAGGCUGCGUUCAACGGAUGUGGCCGCUCUUUAUAACAUACGAUCGUACCAACAACUUAUUGAUGCCAUCGCCGCCCUUCUAGUGCCAGAGGGUGGUCAAGGAAUCGAGUCUGUCUCUGUGGCUGCAGAGCUCUGUGCGUACCCCCUCUUCCACUUUUGCUUCCCAAAUGUAAUAAGCUUGCCACUGACGUGCGUGCUUCUUCGCGGUUGGAGGAAGCUCCUAAUUGAUCUCGCCAGUGAAGAGCAGAUAGACCACCCAGAGCUCAUUUCAAGGACUCUGCACUCCAUCUGUACAGGUUUUCCUGGGUUGCCCGAAGGGGUGAUUGGGCUACUUCGCGACUUCCUGAGCAUGUCUACGUUGUCAUUCACAUCUCUCUAUUCCUGUGUGCUUCGGUAUAAGGUGCCAGCUGAACAGAUCAUCACUGAAGCACCGCUGCCUGUUAGCGUUACAACAAUCCCUCCGUUAGCCAAGUUUCAACCAUAUGAUAAGGUGCUCGCAGAUCACAAGCGGCGGGUUCUUCAGCAGGUUAACUUAGACCAAGAAAGUAGUCUGUAUUCACGGCCAAGUCAGAUGUGUUCUAUCCACGAGGUGGAGCGUAUGGCCAGUGAAGACGAUAGAAGCCUGUCUUUGCGUACUAAGAGGGCUCCCUCAGAAGCCAUGCUCCGGGCCCAGAACGAGCUAACGCACAUGGGCAUCGAAGACACUAUGUCGGCUUCCUUAUCUGCCACCAUCAAUGAAGAGCAUCGAGCUCGAAAGGAGGAGCAGGACUAUGCUAACCUGGUUUCUCAGAAGCUUCAGACCCCGACGGACAUACUUCUAGAGAGUCUCCGUACACACCGUCAGCAGCUGUCUGACCCUGGGCCGAACCAGUCAGGUAAAGUGAAUAAGUAG